AUGUUCACGUCUUUGGCAUCAAAUCUUCUGAGCGCCUGGUUUGCGUACUUGUUGCCAUGUUAUGAGACCUGGAAAUCCCUUUCCCAUAGACCCACCUCCGAGCAGGAACUUGAGCGUUGGGCAAUGUACUGGUCAGUCGUAGGAGCCAUUGUUGCAUUCGAGCAUGUUGCGGAAUGGCUCGUGAGCUGGCUUCCGCUUUAUUGGGAGAUUAAAACGGCAUUUCUCCUGUUCCUCUCUCUUUCGCAGACCCAGGGUUCAACGUGGGUAUACAAGAGUUUCGUCGACCCAUACCUGAUCAGCAAGGAAGCGGAGAUCGACGCUGGCAUUGUACAGGCCAAGGCAAACAUCAUCGCGUUUCUGCAGGAUCGCACCUCUGCGAUCUGGCAAUCGUUCUUGGAAUUUGCGGCCUCUCAGCUCGGACAAACCCAGAACGCCGUCGCUCCUGGGUCGGCUCCCCCCAAUCCCAUGGCAAUGGCGCAGGGCUUGUUCAGCACUUUAACUCUAUUAGGCAAUCUUCCUGCGCACCAGCGUCCCACUGCAUCUCCAGCAUAUUCGUCAAGUUCCAUCCAUUCAGUUGAAUCGUCUGAUAGUUCGGCCGCGUCAUCUUCCUACUCUUCCGAAGCACCUGUCUUUCCAGAACCUGAGCGUUCCUAA